UGGUAACAUAGGGGGGGGGGGGGGGGUCUUUGGGUUUCUCCAUUCUUGCUCUGCAAGCCAACCCUCCACUAUUAAAACUUCUCCAAAAUCCUCCCACAUUUUCUUUCGCACCCACAAAAACCCACCUCUUAGGGUUUAUCAGGAACCCAAGGGUGAAAAGAAGAAGAAGAAGAAGCAGAAAUGGCUAAAUCAUAUGCACUAGGGCUCAUCUCAGCCCUAGCAGCCUCUGCCUCGGCAUCCGCUUCCUCAUCAUCGCAAACCCACGUGGCUUAUGCUGAUGGGCCUUUCAAACUCUCUCCAUUUUCUUCUUCUUCUCCUUCUCCUUCUUCUGGGCAAUCUCAGCCAUCCAAUCCACCGGAAUCGGCGCCUAGUGCUGAGUCGUCUUCUUCGUCGUCGUCUCCGCCGAAGGUUCGGAAUGAUAAUCCAAGGACCACGUCGGCCGGGUUCGAUCCAGAGGCGCUGGAGCGGGGGGCCAAGGCGUUGAGGGAGAUCACCAGUUCCUCUCAUGCCAAGAAGGUGUUUGAAGUUAUGAAAAAGCAAGAAGAGACGAGGCAGACAGAGUUGGAAGCUAAGGCUGCAGAGUUCAAGGCAAUGCAAGCUCAAUCUGAAACUGAGAGACAAAGGGUAAUAUAUGAUGAGCAGAAGAAACUAGCUCAGCAUCAAGCACAAACAAAAUCUCAAAUGGCUCGCUAUGAGGAUGAAUUGGCAAGGAAGAGGAUGCAGGCAGAAAAUGAGCACCAGAGAGCGAGAAAUCAAGAGCUUGUAAAACUGCAAGAAGAAUCGUCAAUUCGGCAGGAGCAAGCUCGACGAGCAACAGAAGAACAGAUUCAAGCACAACGUCGUCAAACAGAGAGGGAGAAGGCAGAGAUAGAACGUGAAACAAUCAAAGUAAGGGCUAUGGCAGAAGCAGAAGGGCGAGCCCAUGAAGCAAAGUUAGCUGAAGAUGUUAACAGGCGAAUUCUGGUGGAUCGUGCAAAUGCAGAGAGAGAAAAAUGGAUAGCUGCCAUAAAUACUACUUUUGACCAUAUUGGAGGGGGUUUGAGAGCCAUUCUAACAGAUCAAAAUAAGUUGGUUGUAUUUGUUGGUGGAGUGACAGCUCUGGCAGCAGGGGUUUACACAACAAGAGAAGGAGCCAGGGUGAUAUGGAGCUAUGUCGAUAGAAUAUUGGGACAACCAUCAUUGAUUAGAGAGUCCUCCAGGGGGAAAUACCCUUGGUCGGGCUUGUUUUCUCGUACCAUAAGCACACUUUCUCGUGGUGCUGAUAAGGGAUCUGCUUUAAAAAAUGGGAAUGGGUUUGGUGAUGUAAUUUUACAUCCUUCUCUUCAAAAAAGGAUUGAACAGCUGGCUGGUGCAACUGCCAAUACAAAAUCCCAUCAGGCACCAUUCCGCAACAUGCUCUUCUAUGGUCCUCCAGGAACAGGAAAAACAAUGGCUGCUAGAGAGCUGGCUCGUAAAUCUGGAUUAGAUUAUGCAUUGAUGACUGGAGGAGAUGUCGCUCCACUGGGACCUCAAGCUGUCACCAAGAUACACCAGUUGUUUGAUUGGGGCAAGAAGUCCCGGAAAGGUUUAUUGCUUUUCAUUGAUGAAGCUGAUGCAUUUUUGUGCGAGCGGAACAAAACCUACAUGAGUGAAGCUCAAAGAAGUGCCCUCAAUGCCCUCCUUUUCCGCACCGGUGACCAGUCGAAGGACAUUGUACUUGCUCUCGCUACAAAUCGUCCGGGUGAUCUUGAUUCAGCUGUGGCAGACCGAAUUGAUGAAGCUCUGGAAUUUCCAUUGCCUGGGGAGCAGGAACGCUUCAAGCUUCUAAAACUGUAUCUGGACAGGUAUAUAGCUCAGUCUGAACCAAAGAAAUCUAGCUGGCUCCAAAAGUUGUUCAGGAGGGAACAGCAGAAGAUUGAGAUUAAGGGUUUGACUGAUGACAUAUUAAGAGAAGCGGCUGCUAGAACCGAGGGAUUUUCUGGACGAGAAAUAGCAAAAUUGAUGGCAAGUGUCCAAGCAGCUGUUUACGGGAGUGAGAAUUGUGUGCUCGAUCCAAGCCUGUUCCGAGAGGUGGUAGAUUAUAAAGUCGCAGAGCAUCAACAGAGAAAGAAACUCGCAGCCGAUAAAGGUAGUGUAUGAUGUGUUCUAUCACAAGCAGGCAGUUUGUGUAUCGGAUGGCUAUACAGCUGCGGGUUUAUCUGCUUAGUUGUUAGGAAUGGCCCAUGCUUUUUGUUUUGGGCAUCAUGAUCUAAUCAUUAUUUGGCCCCUGUUGAUUUGGGGAUUUUGGUAUUUCUCAUCUUAGGUUUUAUUCGAUAUUAAUGCUCUUGAUAACUGUGAGUUAUGUAUUCAUAGGCAUCUCUGUUGAAAUAGUCUAUUGCUAUACGUAUAGUUGGGUAUUUUCUUUGUCCCAUCUGGCCCUCGUGGUUUUCGUUAAUAAAAAGUUGAUGGUAAUGAUAAUUGAAUUAUU